GUUCCUUCUGUUCGUGCUCGUGGGAAGAGCUGCGUUUUCUUCUGGUUUGUUUGUUUGUUCCUGACCCGAGCUCUUUUUUUUUUAUUUACCUGCGUGUUUAUCCGCGGUUUGGGUGAAGAAAAAUGUUGAAAGGUACAGUGAUCCUGGCGUACAGCGGCGGUCUCGACACAUCAUGCAUCUUGGUGUGGCUCAAGGAACAAGGCUAUGAUGUCAUCGCCUACCUGGCUAAUAUUGGACAGGAGGAAGACUUUGAGGCAGCCAGAAAGAAAGCAGAGAAUCUUGGAGCGAAAAAGGUGUUCAUUGAGGACCUGCGUGCUGAGUUUGUAGAAGAGUUCAUCUGGACUUUGGUGCAGGCCAACGCCAUCUAUGAGGACCGCUACCUGCUGGGCACCUCCAUCACCCGACCCUGCAUCGCCCGUCGCCAGGUCCAGAUCGCCCGCCAGGAGGGGGCACAGUACGUCUCCCAUGGAGCCACUGGGAAGGGCAAUGAUCAAGUUCGGUUUGAGCUGACCUGCUACUCCCUGUACCCUGAAGUAAAGAUCAUCUCCCCUUGGAGGAUGCCAGAAUUUUAUAACCGUUUCCAAGGCCGAAAGGACCUCAUGGAGUAUGCUGAGAAAAAUGGCAUUCCUGUCCCGGUCACACCAAAAGCCCCGUGGAGCAUGGACGCCAACCUCAUGCACAUCAGCUAUGAGUCUGGAAUACUGGAGAACCCCAAGACUCAUGCUCCUUCUGACCUCUAUCUGAUGACCAAGAACCCUGAAGACUCUCCGAAUACACCAGAUGUGCUGGAGAUAGAGUUUAGCAAAGGCAUACCGAUUAAGGUGAAGCACCUGAAAGAAGGAACAUCCAAAGACACGUCGUUGGAAAUCUUCAACUAUUUGAAUGAAGUAGGAGCAAAGCACGGAGUUGGACGAAUUGACAUCGUGGAAAACCGCUUCGUCGGAAUGAAGUCCAGAGGUAUCUACGAGACCCCUGGAGGCACCAUUCUCCAUCAUGCUCACCUGGACAUUGAGGCUUUCACAAUGGACAGAGAGGUCAGGCGCAUCAAGCAAGGCCUGAGCAUCAAGUUCUCCGAGCUUUUGUAUAAUGGAUUUUGGUACAGCCCAGAGUGUGAGUUUGUGCGCCACUGCAUUGUCAAGUCUCAGGAGAACGUAGAGGGCAAAGUGCAGCUGUCCGUGUUCAAAGGCCACGUCUACAUCCUGGGCCGGGAAUCACCCAAGUCUCUGUACAGCGAAGAGCUCGUCAGCAUGGAUGUUCAGGGAGACUACGAUCCUUCAGACGCCUCUGGGUUCAUCAAGAUCAAUGCAGUCAGGCUCCGAGAGCAUCACAGGUUGCAGGGAAAAGGCCAGUUGAAGCAGUGAGCAUCACCUGAACUUAGAGCCUACUUCAGAGAUUGACAAAAGUGCAAAGUCUCUGUAUUGAGGAAGCAUCACCGUCAAUCCUUUAUUGUUAAUCCAUUUUUAAAAAGUAGGUCAGGGUCAAAGGAUUAAGAAGUACGACUCAAAAAGAGGGAUUUUACAAGGUUCGCAUUUUCAGAGACAUUGUAUUGUAAUUUAAUUCAUUUCUGGGAUUUUCAAGUUUAGAAACUUCAUAAUCUUCAUAAUAAUAAUAAUAAUAAUAAUAAUAAUAAUAAUAAACUGUUUGGAACUGUUGCAUAAAAGAAUCCCUUCUUGAAAGCAACCCACCAAAUGCCGUGCCAUUAGAAUUGCAACUUGAAUUAUAUUUUGUUUCUUAAGUCUGAAACUGACCUUUUUUACAGUAUCAAAAAACUAUCAGCAUGUUUGGCAAAAUUGAUGAUAAAACCUUGAUGUGUUGGAGCUGUUUUGUCACUGGGACCAGGUUAUUUCAGCUCAAUAUCUGGUUGCCUCUGCCACGAGGUAACGAUGUCGCCAUUUCAAAAAAGAUGAUGAACUUAAAUCCCCAUCCAGAUUAGCACAGAAAAGCUUGCGAGAAAAAAAAGAAACCUGUCCAAUUUGAAGCCUGUUGGAGCCUGUGUGUUGAAUUCAAAAUGGCCUCCAUGUACACAAGCUUAAGAAUAUAAAGGAGGUUGAAAUAGAAAGGUACUAUUUAAAGCAAGUUCCUAGAUACUCUUCAACCUUUUUGGACAAAUCAGAAAAAGAAUCAGUGAUGUCAUUCUCGGCUGUUUGUGUACAAAUUGUUGGGGUGCCAAUAGUUUUGAAAGCAGUGCUUUGCAAAAUAAAUUGCACUUCUUAAAGGUG